AUGUAUAUAAGAGAACAAGAUGAAGAUAUAUCAACGGAACCUGUUGUUUAUAUAUGUGGAGAAUGCGGAAUAGACACAGUGAUAGCACCCAAUGCUUCUCUGCGAUGCAAAAAUUGUGGAUCGAAAAUUUUCUUCAAAAAAAGAAGUAGAAGAGUUAUGCAAUAUGAAGCUCGAUAA